GGCAGCGGUGCACUAGCUGCCUGCUUUGGGGACAAUUAUUGUUCUUUCUGCGCAACCUCUUGGGAGAAAUAUCCAUGCAAGAAGAUAGGCCCCAAAGGAAAACUCAGACAAAGUGACAGAUUUCUGACGACUGAGGGCAUACUGUGGAUCCAGCUAUGCCUGAAGCUACAAGUGCUGCCUUGCGGUCAUGCUGGUCAGGACUCUCCUUUUGAUUCCUUUAUCUCAUUCGAGCUGGGCUUCUAACUACUCUCUUCAAGUAAAAGAAGAGAAUGAUUACAACAAAUGAAACCAAAAUGAAUGGAUUCCUCCUCAUGGGGUUUUCAGAGAAUCGCAACCUGCAGAUUUUACAAGCUUACCUGUUCUUGGUGGUGUACCCUUUGGCCUUGACAAGCAACUUCAUCAUCAACCAGUCAUCCAUGUAUUACUUCCUGAAGCAACUUUCCCUUCUGGACCUCUCCUUCAUCUCCGUCACAGUCCCCCAGUCCAUUCACAAUUCUCUCACAGGCAAUGGCUAUAUUUCCUAUGCUCAGUGCAUGCUCCAAGUGUUCUUCUUCACAUCUUUGGCCUGGGCUGAGGUGGCCAUUCUCACGGUGAUGUCUUAUGACCGCUAUGUAGCCAUUUGCUUCCCACUGCAUUAUGAGCUCAUCAUGGAUGCCAGAAGAUGUAAGAGUGCUGUGACAGCUGUAUGGGUAAGUGGAGGCAUCACAGGAACUUUGUACAUAGCUGUCAUGUUUUCUAUCACAUUCUGUAGAGCCAAAGUGAUUCACCAAUUCUUCUGUGAUGUCCCUCAAAUAGUGAAGCUCUCCUGCUCCAAUGAUUACCUUGCAGUCAUUGGAGUGGAUAUUGUCUUGUCUAUGGCAGCCUUCCUCUGCUUCGGCUCCAUUGCCCUCUCCUACAUCCACAUAUUCUCCACGGUUCUAAGAAUACCCUCUGCUGAAGGCCGGUCCAAGGUCUUCUCCACCUGUCUGCCCCACCUCUUCGUUGUCUCAUUUUUCCUCUCUACAUCCAUGUGUGAAUAUUUCAAACCAACUUCAGACUCUCCAACUGCCUUCGAUCUUUUUCUAUCUAUCUUUUACACAGUAAUUCCCCCAACACUCAACCCUGUUAUCUACAGCCUGAGGAAUGAGGCCAUGAAGAGAGCUGUACAGAAGUUAAUGUUGGACAGAGAAUUCACUGAGAAAUAAGUGGUUUUAUUCAG